UCAAGGGUGGACUGGAUCAUCUAAAUUCUCUAAUCCUCUGAUUCUCCAGUUUUCUCUAAUGUCUGUCAUAUUUCACAGACAAGGUAGGGGACAGGAUAGAGAGAGGGUCGGUCAUCGAACGCUUUCAUUCCAAAUAGGGUAAUUUCCUUUUCUUUUGUAAGGACGGCCAGAAAGAAAAUGAAGGAUAAGGAAUGUGCUUUCAGUUUGAAAGCUAGGGAAAGCUCACAAACACACAUAUUUGAAUCCCAACAUCUAAUCAUCCCAAACCGUCCGCAUGGGGUGGAAGGAAAUCCUGGCCCUUCCCAACCCCCCCAAUUUCGCGACUCCAGCUCCCUAAACGAGGUAAUUGGCGCGGUGCAGCUCUGCCUGACGUCAUGUCACAGGCACUCCAAUCCCACGUGGGAGUAGCUCGUGGUCCCGCCUCUCCUCUUUAAAUGGUAUGCCACGCCUCUCCUGUUUCUGGCCAAUCGAAUGCUGUUCUUUAGGUCCUUUCCGCCUUUUCCCGCCAUCCCGGACCUCCCAUCUUGGAACCCUAGUCCAAUCAGGAAGGGCCUUGUGCCUCCGAAGCCCUGUCCCUUCCUCGCGCAAGAGGGGCGGAGUUCCGAUCUUUUGACUCCUCCUCGGUCUAUGGGGCGCGGACCAACCCGAACCGCCAGAGAAGAGGGGCGUGGCGUGAGGUCCCCUCCCCCAUGCUGGGGCUUACGGUUUUCAGGGGGGAGCUGGUCGCAGGACAAAGCAACCUCCAGCCGGUCUCUGGCUCGGGCGGGUCCUCGCUGAGGUGGCAUCAUGGAGCGCUCUACUGAAGAGGGCUCCAGCCCCGGCCCGGUGGAGCAGCCCUCUCCUCCUUCCGACCCCCCUGACCGGCCCCCCACUGCUUACAAAAAGCCGGACCCGGGUUCUGGGGGCCAACCUGUCGGCCCCGGGGCAGCGGGUGAGGCCCUGGAGGUGCUGACUUCGUUCGGGCGGCGGUUGCUGGUGCUGGUGCCGGUCUACCUGGCCGGGGCAAUGGGACUCAGCAUAGGUUUCGUGGUCUUCGGUCUCGCGCUCUACUUGGGCUGGCGUCGGGUCCGCGACGAAAAAGAACGGAGACUUCAGGCAGCGCGGCAGCUGCUGGACGAUGAGGAGCAGCUCACGGCGAAAACACUCUAUAUGAGCCAUCGAGAGCUACCUGCCUGGGUCAGCUUCCCAGACGUGGAAAAGGCUGAGUGGCUAAACAAGAUUGUGGCCCAGGUCUGGCCCUUUCUGGGCCAGUAUAUGGAGAAGCUUCUGGCUGAAACUGUGGCCCCAGCUGUUCGGGGAUCUAACCCCCAUCUGCAAACAUUUGCAUUUACACGAGUGGAACUGGGUGAAAAGCCACUGCGUGUCCUGGGAGUCAAUGUUCACCCUGGUCAGAGCAAAGAGCAGAUCCUGCUGGACUUGAACAUCAGCUAUGUAGGUGAUGUGCAGAUUGAUGUGGAAGUAAAGAAAUAUUUCUGCAAAGCAGGAGUCAAGGGCAUGCAGCUGCAUGGAGUCUUACGGGUGAUUCUUGAGCCACUCAUUGGGGACCUUCCUAUCGUGGGGGCUGUGUCGAUGUUCUUUAUCCGACGCCCGACCCUAGACAUCAACUGGACAGGCAUGACCAACCUACUGGAUAUCCCAGGACUCAGCUCACUCUCUGACACCAUGAUCAUGGACUCCAUCGCUGCCUUUCUUGUGUUGCCGAACCGAUUGUUGGUGCCCCUGGUGCCUGACCUCCACGAUGUUGCUCAGUUGCGUUCCCCUCUGCCCAGGGGCAUUGUUCGGAUUCACCUGCUGGCUGCCCGAGGGCUGAGCUCCAAGGACAAAUAUGUGAAGGGCCUGAUUGAGGGCAAGUCAGAUCCCUAUGCACUUGUGCGUGUGGGCACCCAGACAUUCUGCAGCCAUGUCAUCGAUGAGGAACUCAACCCCCAGUGGAGAGAGACUUAUGAGGUCAUGGUACAUGAGGUCCCAGGACAGGAGAUAGAGGUGGAGAUAUUUGACAAAGAUCCAGACAAAGAUGACUUUCUGGGCAGAAUGAAGCUGGAUGUAGGGAAGGUAUUACAGGCUGGAGUACUGGAUGAGUGGUUCCCUUUGCAAGGAGGGCAAGGCCAAGUUCACUUGAGGCUAGAAUGGCUGUCACUUCUACCAGAUUCAGAAAAACUGGAACAGGUUCUACAGUGGAAUCGAGGCGUCUCCUCUCGGCCAGAGCCCCCAUCAGCUGCCAUCUUAGUGGUCUAUCUGGAUCGGGCCCAGGAUCUGCCUCUGAAGAAGGGGAACAAGGAACCCAACCCUAUGGUGCAGCUGUCAAUUCAGGACGUGACCCAGGAGAGCAAGGCUGUCUAUAGCACCAACUGCCCAGUGUGGGAAGAGGCUUUCCGGUUCUUCCUGCAAGACCCUCGAAGCCAGGAGCUUGAUGUGCAGGUGAAAGAUGAUUCCAGGGCCCUGACUUUAGGGGCCUUGACCCUGCCUCUGCCGCGCCUGCUGACUGCCCCUGACCUCACUCUGGACCAGUGGUUCCAGCUCAGCAGCUCUGGCCCAAACUCCAGGCUCUACAUGAAACUGGUUAUGAGGAUCCUGUACCUCGAUUCAUCAAAAGUGUGCUUCUCCACUGGGCCUGGUGCCCCUGGCACUUGGGACCUGGACAACGAGAGCCCCCAGACAGGCAGCAGUGUGGACGUCCCUCCCCGACCCUGCCACGCUACUCCUGACAGUCACUUUGGGACUGAGAAUGUGCUUCGGAUCCAUGUAUUAGAGGCCCAGGACCUGAUUGCCAAAGACCGUUUCUUGGGGGGAUUGGUAAAGGGCAAGUCAGACCCCUAUGUCAAACUCAAAGUGGCAGGACGAACCUUCCGGAGCCGUGUUGUUCGGGAAGAUCUCAAUCCCCGCUGGAAUGAGGUUUUCGAGGUAAUCAUCACAUCAAUUCCAGGCCAAGAGCUAGAGGUUGAGGUCUUUGACAAGGACCUGGACAAGGAUGACUUUCUGGGCAGGUGUAAAGUGAGUCUUACCGCCGUCCUAAACAGUGGCUUCCUUGAUGAGUGGCUGACCCUGGAAGAUGUGCCAUCUGGCCUCCUGCACUUGCGCCUGGAACGUCUGACCCCCCGCCCCUCUGCUUCUGAGUUGGAGGAGGUGCUGCAGGUGAACAGUUUGAUCCAGACGCAGAAGAGUGCAGAACUGGCAGCAGCCCUGCUUUCGGUCUAUUUGGAGCGGGCUGAGGACCUGCCGCUCCGAAAAGGUACCAAACCUCCUAGCCCUUAUGCUACUCUCACUGUGGGAGACACUUCUCAUAAAACCAAGACCGUUUCCCAAACUUCAGCCCCCGUCUGGGAUGAGAGUGCCUCCUUUCUCGUCAGGAAACCAAAUACUGAGAGCCUGGAGUUGCAGGUUCGGGGUGAGGGGACUGGCGCACUGGGCUCCUUAUCCCUGCCCUUCUCGGAGCUCCUGGCGGCUGACCGGCUCUGCUUGGACCGCUGGUUUACGCUUAGCAACGGGCAGGGGCAGGUGCUCCUGAGAGCACAGCUAGGGAUCCUGGUGUCCCAGCACUCGGGAGUGGAAGCUCAUAGCCACAGCUAUAGCCACAGCUCCUCUUCUCUCAGUGAAGAACCAGAACUCUGGGGGGGUCUCCCUCACGUCACCUCCUCAGCCCCAGAGCUCCGGCAGCGCCUGACACAUGGUGACAGUCCCCUUGAGGCCCCAGCUGGGCCUCUGGGCCAGGUGAAACUGACUGUGUGGUACUACAGUGAAGAACGAAAGCUGGUCAGCAUUGUUCACAGUUGCCGGGCCCUUCGACAGAAUGGGCGGGAUUCCCCUGACCCCUAUGUGUCACUGUUGCUACUGCCAGACAAGAACCGAGGCACCAAGAGGAAGACGUCACAGAAGAAGAAGACCCUAAAUCCUGAAUUCAAUGAACGGUUUGAGUGGGAACUGCCCCUGGAUGAGGCCCUCAGGCGAAAGCUGGAUGUCUCUGUGAAGUCUAAUUCCUCCUUCAUGUCAAGAGAGCGUGAGCUGCUGGGGAAGGUGCAGUUGGACCUAGCUGAGAUAGACCUUUCCCAGGGAGCAGCCCAGUGGUAUGACCUCAUGGAUGACAAGGACAAGGGCAGCUCCUAGGAACCAGGGAUUACCUGCCUGACUCUGCGCUGCCUCCUUGCCUUGCCUCUCGCUGCAUCACCACCUCAGUGUGAUGAGCUUAAAGCUAGGACCUGAGGGCAGAGCCUGUGCCCCUCAGGCCUCUCACGUCCCAGGCCCAAACUCGGGCCUUUGCCUGACCAAAGAGAAGGACCAUAUGUUACCCUUUACUGCACGGCCUUUAUCUUCCUGGGCUCUUGGGGCAAGGGCCUGAGCUGGCUUCCUCUGCCUGCACAUGGUUCUCCUUUCCUCCCAACUCCCCAGGGCCUUCAGUACUGUGCCUGGCCACUGGCAGCACUAGCAGUGGCAUUAGCUUAUGCCAAAUACAGCUUUAGGAAAGAUUUUUUUUUUUUUUAAUUUAAUUGGUUGGCCACCUUCUUCCCACCAUGAGAAGUCAGGGAGUGCAAAUCUGUGGGUGGGAAGGGGGACAGGCUCACCACUCAGCUGUGAGCCUCUUGGACUACAGGGUGUGGUGAAUGUAGAGCAACCCAGGCCCCAGGUCCAGUUCUGUCCCCGCUUUCCUCAAGCCUGUUCUGAACAUUACACCUGCCAUGAUGGCUGGGGCCGGGAUUCUACCCAAGCCUCCAAGAAGCAAGAUAUCAGGCUAUGAGCCUCUAGCUGGUGACGUGUAGAGAACCUUGGAGGAACUUGGGACAGCAGGGCCAAUUUUUUUUGUCCAAGUGCCUAGGCUGUUCACUCACUGACUAGAACAGAAUCUGGUACUCUUAGUUUUGCACCAGCUCUGCCAAGCCAUUGUAUCUUACAUUAAACAAUAUACUCAAACCA